AUGACCUCGCGCUGGACGUUCCUGCGGCCGUGGCUGUCCCAGCUCACGAUGAAGUACAAGGAGAUGGACCUGGACUACGACGCGCGCGGACCCCCGCAGCGCAUGAUCAAGGUGUACCUCAGACGGGCAGGCAACGUCCCCGAGGCGGCGUUCCAAGUGAAAUGCAGCGAGCCUUGGUGCGGGCUGUUCCUCGGAAAGGAGGGAGAAGAAAUGCUGGAAGAGAAGAUUCCCGUUCGUGAUGAGUAUUUGGAGGCGAUGAGGAAGAUUGCGGCGAUGGAUCGGUCCCUGAAAGAUGGCAGACCUGGUUUGGACAUUGAGAUUCCAGUGAUGCUUUGCUUUCACGCUCGGGAGGAGAAAACGAUGCUGCACCUGGAGAAUGCUGCGAAGGCUGAGAGAAUUAUCCAGGAGCAAUGGGAGCUGUACUACGAUUCACAUGGAGGGGAGCAGCCAGUGGAGUCCAAGAUGCUUCGAUGCACUUUUGUGCUGGAGCCGAUGAUUGCGGAUCUAUAUGAGAAUGGCCAAACUAAAGAGAUGGCUGAGACUGUGGGGAAGUUGCUGGAUGGGAAUGUCUGGUUCUCGCAGGUGAAGCUGCCCUUGCGCUGGAUGCGAGGCAUUGAGAAUGAUGCAAGUGGGGCGAGCGCGGGUAUCCAAUCGCUGAUUCCACGUGUGUUUGGCAGUACACGGCGCUCACUGAAGCAAGCCAACUCGCGGUAUCGGCCAUGUUUCAAGCAACAAAACUCAGCUGGAGGAUUCACUCAGAUUGGAGAGAUCGAAAUCUCGUGUGAUUCAUCUACGACUGAGGCUAGCGCGUUCGAGCAGGCGUGCUCGGCGCUCAAGGAAGAGGAGGCGGCUCACACAGUGGGGACACUCGCGGGCUCGGUGGAGUUCGCAGACUCGGUGGCGCUUGAGGAGAUGGUGGCUGGUGAUGCGUUCGGAGCUGGAGUUUUUGCGGGGCUCGCGGACGUGGUGGUGCUCGUGCAGUUAGUGACGCUCUUGGACUCGGUGGCGCUCGCGGACGUUACUCAAGCUGGAGGGGCUCAUGUAGAUGGUUGUGGGUGUGAUCUCGGUGGUGCUCGCGAACUCGUCGGUGCUCUCGGACUCUCGGAGAUCGAGCUGGUGGUUGCCGUGGGCUCGGUCGUGCUCGCGGACUUGUUGGUGCUCACGGGGCGUGCGAUGUUCUUGGAGCUUGUGCUCAUGUCGCACUCGGAGCUCGUGCUGCCCUCCCAGCUCAUGGCGCACUUGGAGCUCGUACUGCUCUCCCAGCUCAUGGCGCACUUGGAGCUCGUGCUGCUCUCACAGCUCAUGGCGCACUUGGAGCUCUCUGUGGUGCUCGCGGAUGCAGCGUUGUUUUCGGAGCUCGUGGUGCACUCCGAUCUGGCGGUGCUCAUGUCGUUGGAGCUGGUGGUGCUCUGGUGCAUCGAAGUCAAGCAGCUCAUCCUGACAUUCAAGCUGCGAGUGCAGAGUGGAAUGUACCCGCUCCAGUUCUUGGUGGACGAUGUGUUGCGGUGCGACAGCAAGUGUGUCGCGGUAGUACAUCAGCAGAGUCGCGGUAAGACAGUCCGCGAAACCUUUCGGCGAGCGUAG